CGUCAUUCCUUGCAGUCUCCUUCAAUUCGUCCUACACUCCAGUCCAACCGGCGAAGUCUACAGCGGCGCCACAAACAUCUGAAUAAAGUCACUUUAGUUGACCUAUAGUCCCAUAUUUUACCGGUGUAAUGGCAGUGCCUCCAUCAUAUGGUGACCUUGGCAAAUCUGCCAAGGAUAUCUUCAACAAAGGCUAUGGGUUUGGCCUGGUGAAGCUUGAUGUGAAGACCAAGUCUGACAGCGGAGUGGAGUUCAAAACAGCUGGUUCCUCAAACACGGACACCAGCAAGGUGGCAGGUAGCCUUGAAACCAAAUACAAGAGGUCCGAGUAUGGCCUGACCUUCACAGAGAAGUGGAACACUGACAACACCCUGGGAACAGAGAUCACCGUUGAAGACCAGAUUGCCAAGGGUCUGAAGCUGACAUUCGACACAACCUUCUCACCAAACACUGGCAAGAAGAGCGGCAAAGUCAAGACCGCCUACAAGCGUGAGUUUGUCAACCUGGGCUGUGAUGUCGACUUUGACUUUGCUGGCCCCACUAUCCACGGGGCGGCCGUCGUGGGUUAUGAGGGCUGGCUCGCCGGCUACCAGAUGACUUUUGACACGGCCAAGUCUAAGAUGACCCAGAACAACUUCGCUGUGGGAUACAAGACCGGGGACUUCCAGCUGCACACCAACGUUAAUGACGGUGCACAGUUUGGCGGCUCCAUCUACCAGAAAGUGAGCCCAGUGCUGGAGACGGCGGUCAACCUUGCCUGGACUGCCGGCAGCAACAGCACAAACUUUGGCAUUGCAGCCAAAUACCAGCUGGACAAGAGCGCCUCCAUCAGUGCUAAAGUGAACAACAACAGCCUUGUCGGUGUUGGCUAUACCCAGACGCUGAGACCAGGUGUGAAACUCACCCUCUCUGCCCUGGUAGAUGGUAAGGGCAUCAACACUGGAGGCCACAAGCUGGGCCUGGGGUUGGAACUGGAGGCCUAAACUCUCCUUGCGGUGAAGGAAACGAGAGAAUAUCAGCAGUAUCUGCCCUUAAAAUGCAUUUCCAACUCAAACCAGCAAGGGGGUAUAUCAUGAAUGGAAGG